AUGUCACCGGUGAUCCUUUGCACGAAGACAACACGGUCGUAAGAACAGAUUUGUGACAUUUAUCCUUUUUUUUUUUUUUUUUUUUUUUGCGUUAACGCUCAGAAUGGCGCUUAACUGUGCAACCAUACGGACUCGUUCGUUCGUGUCUGCUCUCACGCUUUUUGUCGCGCUGUGGGGACCUGCGCUCUCCAUCACCCGCUACUCCAUACCGGAGGAGAUGGAAGAGGGUUCCUUUGUUGCCAAUCUGGCCUCGGAUCUGGGUCUGGACGUCCGCAGUUUGCUGGAGCGCAAUGCGAAGCUCGAUGUCAUUCACAGCAAAAAUUACCUCGACAUUAACAAAGACACGGGGGAGCUGGUAAUCCGCGAGAAGAUGGACCGGGAGAGCAUAUGCAUGACUAAAACAACCUCGUGCUUCCUGAAGAUGGAUGUCAUACUCUCCAAUCCCGUUCGCAUUUUCAACAUCGAGCUGGAGAUCUUGGACAUCAACGACAACGCGCCCGUUUUCCGUAGGAAGACAAUGCACUUGGACGUUUCUGAGGCAACCCCUCCCGGCGAGAGAUUCUCCCUGACCAACGCCGUGGAUGCGGAUGUGGGGGCGAAUUCAGUCAAGACCUACUAUCUCAGCGAAAGCAAAUACUUCAGCAUUGACAUCCAGACGGGCAGCGACGGCUCCAAAUACGUUGAUCUUGUGCUCGACGGUAAACUGGACAGAGAGGAGCAUGCGAUUCAUAAUUUGAUUUUAACUGCGGUGGAUGGAGGUGUGCCUCCCCGCUCUGGUACAGCCAGCAUAAUCAUCAACGUGCUGGACAUCAACGAUAAAGCCCCCACGUUCAGUCAGCCCGUUUUUGCUGUCAAUGUUUCGGAGAACUCUCCAGUGGGGACGGUGGUGAUGACAUUAAACGCGACUGAUUUAGAUGAAGGAACAAACGCACAAUUAAUAUACUCCUAUACCCUGUACACCUCGGAGAAGACACAGGAGAUCUUCUCCCUAGAUCCACAAUCAGGCGAGAUCAAAGUGAAGGGGGUGAUCGAUUAUGAAGAGAGUCAGAGUUUUGAGAUGUACAUUCAGGCUCAGGACAGAGGGGCAAACCCGCUGUCAGGACACUGCAAAGUGAUGGUUUAUGUCACAGAUUUAAAUGAUAACCACCCAGAGGUGACCAUCAAGUCCCUGAAGAGAUCGGUGGCUGAAGAUGUCUCGGUAGGGACACUGAUCGCUGUGGUGAGCGUCAGUGAUAGAGAUUCUGGAGACAAUGGUGCCGUAGACCUCCGCCUGAACCAGCAGGAAGCUUUACCCUUUCGCCUGAACAAGUCCUCAGAAGGUUACUUCGAAUUGCUGGUGUCGAAACCGCUGGACCGAGAAGUCAAAGGCAAAUACGACAUCAAACUAAUAGUGACAGACAGAGGUUUCCCAGCCUUGUCUGAGAAUGAAACCAUCACCUUGGAGAUCCUGGAUGUCAACGACAAUGCCCCCAUGUUCUCUCAGUCCUUCUACACAAUCCAUGUUAUGGAGAAUAAUCCACCUGGAGCUUUAUUGACAUCCCUAAGUGCACAUGACCCAGAUUUGAAUGAGAACCAGUACUUGGUUUAUUUCAUAAUGGAGAAAGAGAUAGUUAACAUGUCUAUGUCCAUGCUUUUCUCCAUCAAUCCAGAGAAUGGGGAUCUUUAUGGUCUUAAGACCUUUGACUAUGAGAGAGAGAAAGAGUUCCUGUUCCACAUUGAGGCCAGGGACUCUGGUGUCCCUCCUCUGAGCAGCAAUGUGACAGUUCACAUUGUUAUCCUGGACCAAAAUGACAACACCCCCCUCAUUGUAUCACCAUGGCGAGCACACGGCUCAGUUGUUGAGGAGGUCAUACCUAGGUCCACUGAGAAAGGGCACUUGGUGACCAAAGUGGUUGCCGUUGAUGCAGACUCUGAGCAAAAUGCCAGAGUCACCUACCAGCUACUGCAGAUCAGUGACUCAACUCUCUUCAGCCUGGAUCAGUACAACGGUGAGAUCAGAACAACAAGAAUGUUCAGCUACAGAGACCCAAGGCAGCAGAGGCUGGUAGUUGUUGCUAAAGACAAUGGACAACCUGCUUUGUCUGCCACUGUUACCAUCAAGAUAUCAACGGUGGAGCACGCCAUGACCUUCUUAGAGACAACAGAGUUACCAUUAGAAUACGAAGUCUUCACCAACCUUAACCUGUACCUCGUAAUUGGUUUAGGAGCUGUGUCCUUUCUGUUGUUGAUAACCAUCUUGGUUAUUAUUGUCCUCAAAUGUCAAAAGCCAAAGCCAAAGGCCAUCAAGAUGCCCCCAGCCAACAGAAAUAGCCUGAUCAGCCAGAGAAGCUCCACCAUUGCAGAUUCCACCCUGAUCUCCAGUGAUGCCUACUGGUAUAGCUUGUUCCUUGCAGAAACCAGGAAGGGCAAGGUGGUGGUGAGACAACCAAUCAUUCCCAAAGGAGCAGGAUAUUUUGUAUCCAGCAUACCCAGAAGCAUAGGUCCAAGUGAAACCACAGACUCCAGAGCAUCCACACUGGAGUACUCAAAAUGAAAGGAAGUCCAUUCUACAACUGGAGCAGCAGCCCAGAAGAGAGCUGCGGUGAUGUAAUCAUCUCUUCCUGGGAGUCGCUGGCGGAAACCUUCCAGUGGCUCGCAAAGAAGAUAAACAGUUUUCUAUUGUCACUCCCUCUGCUCCAGCUCCUGAUUUCCCCUGUUUCCUUUAAUCCCACACACCAACAAUCAAUCAGUAUUAACUUUAUCCUUCUACCAGUGUGUUUUUAGUUUCCUUUUUUGUUUUUUUAGGUAUGAAUACUUUCUCUUAACUAGCAUUUGGACAAACCAUUUUACAGCAGGAUGCUUGAAGAUUACUAAAGACUCCCAGUGGAUACAUUUGCCUUUUUCGUCCAGGUUUUACUGUGGGCUGUAGUUUUAGAAGCCAUCAGUUCAGUUGUCUAAAAUAUACCUAAGUUGCCAUAAAGUUGUUUUUUUCAAUGCUGGAGUUUGAAACACGCCUAAUCAUAAAUAUACACACGAAUCAGGGUGAAUAAGCUUCUUCCAUCUGAUGAAUCCAUUAUUGUAGCUGUUUAUAACAUUCAGGCUUGAAACUAGGUGUCUUUUUUGUCCUAUUUUGUAUGGAGAAUCUUUCUGUUUGAUAAGACUCAAACUUUUACCUAGUAAUAAUCAGUGAUUUGGGUUUAGGUCUUUUUUUUCUAUACAAUGUCGUGGUUAACAAGUUUUGAAUGUCUAAAAAAAUGACAAAAAAGAAUGAAAGAAAACAGGUAAACGUAAAAAACAAACAAGCCAAUAGCUUUUCCCUUCUUAUUAUUUGAUUGUAGUUGAAAUGUGAGUCGUUACAAGGGUGGAUAAGAUAAGACUCUCACCAACAAUAGAUGUGCAAUUGGUGCAAGACAUGCAUUUCUGGAGAGUCGUUUACAUCCACUCAUCACCAUACCUGAUGUUAAUUAUGGAGUUUUAUUGAUUUAUUUGAACAGUUUGUUGUUUUUUUUUUUUUUUUUUUUUUUUUUUUUUU